UAUGCUUUUAUUAAAAGAAAGCAAGGGAAUAUGAUAUGACAMAUAAACAUCAGCACCACUGUCAUAAAAUAAGGAACGGCAUAGGUCACGUGAACUGUUCCCGCGCAUUUGUCACUGCGCACGCUUUGAGUCGCUGUGCUGUUUACUUUCGGGCUUUAUUCGAAUUUAUUCCAGAUUUUCGCUCAUUUUGAACCAUGUAACUARMGGGUUAAUCGCUGUGAAACUAAGAUUUUACUUUGCUGUUGUUUAAAUCAAAAAGAUGGAAACUCUAAAACAACAAAACACUGAUUUACACCUAGCACCAAAGUCACCUCAGAACAAUGGCACACUUGAAGAUGACGCUACUGAUAGCAAUGCCAACAUAGUCGACCCAAAACCUGAUAUACAAACAGCUAAAUCMGURCUUCCAGURUCUGUAAAGACAGAAAGUYCGAAUAGCAAWAAUGGUAAUCAGGUUGCUAGUCAAGAUGUCAUUAUUGCAUCCAAUGAGAAUGCAGGAAGUGUUGCUAUGGAUACAUCAGUCAGUGAGCCAAUUAAAAGUGAACCAAAGGAUGAUYGAGAYGCACAGAGUCUAAAGAGUAAGAUAUCUGUAAGCGAUUAUUUACAAAGUGCUGUCCCCCAGGUGUACCAGACAGCCCCUGCCACAGUAGUGGAGGACAAGGAUGCAAAAAAAUACAACCAAAAAGCCAACGAUGUAAGCCAGCAGCCUGAAGUGUCAAAGAUCCAACUAAUCCAYCAGUCGCUACAACAUCAUUUGAUUCAACAGCAACAACAGCCACAGCAUAUAUCGUUGCCAUAUACAGUUCAAGGGCAACCAGGCAUAACAACUUAUAUACCUGUCGACGGAUCACAAGGUCUUAUUCCUGGAAUGAUACCAUACACAGGACAAGUAGUUGUUGUCGGCAACCCAAGCUCUUUGCAAGCCUACAAAACUGUGCUUCCUCAGGGAACGCAACUCAUCACUUCAACCACUGCAGGAACAACUCGGAUUAUACCAGCCACCCCUGCUUCUGCACAUGUUGUUGAUGUGUCAAACUGGCAUGCUGUGACUGCUGUCGAUCCUCUUACAAUUAAAACAUCAAGUGUUGGCCAAACUACAGCUGCAAGUCAAGAGCCAGUGACCAGAGUUGUAAAUGUUGUUGUUCACAGUGGGCAGGCCAGCAUGUUAUCAAGUGAACCAAAUAACCAAGACAACUUGAAAGUGGCAUCAAUGGUGAGCUCAUCUUAUGUUGAUGACGACGACGACUCUGAGGACAAGUCGACACCAGAUGAGCUUCAAGAUUUUGCCAGGCAGUUUCGCCAGCGACGUGUUGCUCUUGGCUUCACACAGGCUGAUGUUGGCAUUGCCCUUGGGGAGAUAUCCAACAACAACCUCAGCCAGACGACAAUAUGCCGUUUUGAAGCAUUACAACUAAGCCUUAAAAAUAUGUUGAAGUUGAAACCUUUACUUGAAAAAUGGCUAAGGUCUGUUGACAGGGGGAUGAAUCCCUCCAAGGAUACGGAAAAAACUGACCCCAUCGGCACUCUGCCCAGCCAGAAUGGCUCAUACAAGAAGAGAAAACGUAGAACAAUUAUAGAAAAGACAGUGAAAAGUGUCUUGGAAAACCACUUUGAUAAGUUUCCACGUCCAACAUCAAAUGAUAUAAGUACGCUAGCAGAGACUCUCAAUCUUGACAAGGAGGUGGUAAGGGUGUGGUUUUGUAACAGACGGCAAAAAGAAAGGCGUGUCAGUUCAUCAUCAAUAGUAUCUAGUGAUGAAAACGUUGCUGGUCAGACACCAGAAACUGAACAGUCAUAACGCGUAGUGAUGGAGUGUACCAUUAUAAUAUUGGUUAGUGUAUGUAUUAGAUUUGUGAUGUAUAUAUUAUAUUUGAGGAUGCGAUAUCUCCUUUGAGUGCCUAUCUAUAUUCUGACAGUAGUCAAUAGAAAAUAAUAUAAGAUAUUCAAGAGUGCAGUAGAGCUCCAUAUGUACUUAGAGCGAUACACAUAAGAGCAAUCAUACACCAUUGCUGUAACAUGCAUUCAAAACAGGGAAAGAGGUACAUAAUACUCUGAACUUGUGGAGCCAGGUUGUUCAAGUUUAAGCACUGGCAAAUGUUUUGCAGCAAAAAGAGCCAUUAAAAAAAACACAAGAAAAAUUGACACCAAACUCUAAGAACAGCAAUGUUCCACCGCAGGUUCUUGUAUCUGGUAUUUCUUAGCCUUAAGGUCAGUUGUUCAGCAGGUCUUUGUUACAUUUUUGAUAUAUUUUUGACAAAGUUGACACAUCUUACUUAAUUCAAUUUCCAUUCACAAAGCAUAUAAAAGCAUUAUGGUUUGCUCUCUAUCAUUAUUAGAGUACUGGUAUUGAUAUUUUCUUGAUACACUUAAACUUUGAAGUAUUUGGUGCUGUUUUGUUCUCCGUUUUAAUGUGAUGCUGUCAUUGGGAGUGACGACAGAUUCUUUUGCGCAGAGACCUUACUGAAAACGAAGGAGACAACCAGAAAAUAAUAAAAUACAAUAGCCCUUACUAACAAUUUGCAUUUUCCCCAAGUUGAAGCUAACCUGCAUUCCUAGAAGUCUUAACCUUUGAGCCAUUUGGGAAUACAGGGUUAGUUUAAAUUUGGGAAAAAUCAAAUUUUCAAGGCUGUUGUAAGAACAGUAUUUUUUGUGCUUUGCGUUUGGUAAGGUCUUUGCCCAAGCAAAACUCACGUCCUCUUGUGACAGUGUCUCUUUAAUCCCAAGUGCAAUAAGAUUAAGCACUUUUUAACAUUUGCUCACUUUGUAUCCAGUUGUUUUUAAUAUUACAUUUUAGUGAUAGAUGCUUGAAAAAAAGUAUAUAAAUUAACUUAAAAAGUAUUUCAAACUUAAUUGAAACACUCUGCAUUAAAAUAAUGUCAAACUGUAAAUCAAAUCUAUGAUUUUUGUGGGUCUCUAUAGUUAUGGUUAGCUUCUCUGGCAAGAUUUAUUUACAGUCCAUCAUCAUAGUGUCCAUGUUUAUCAAAUAAACAGGAUGUGAUUUGCUGACCAACAUUGUAAUUUUAACCUUUUUUUGCAAUUCCCACAGCUGUCUUGAAAAUAAUAAUAUUAAAGUGAUAUUAAUAUUGAAGUGAGAUAGCAGUAGUCUAUUUUCCAAUUCCCUGCACCAURUUCAAAGGAAGACYUGUCUUUGCAUUGAUAGAAACCUUUCUUGAUUCCCUGCGCCAUCUUGUAAGGUAGCAUUGAAGGGAGAUGACAAUUGAGCGUGCAAUGAUUGGAUACCUGCAAAUAAUUGUCUGUCGGUGUUAAAGGUUUCUAUCAUUGCCUGCUCAACAGUUUUUUGCUUCGAUGCAAAGGCACAGCUACCUUUCAGGAUGGCAACUGUGAAGAAGACUGUUAUCAACUGGUAUCAUUGCGAGUACUCGGUCAUCUUGCCUCAUGCAGUGUUAAGAGCAGUUACCUUUCAAAAUGACCAGAGACUACACGUAUUAAUUUUAUCUUCCGCGUAACGUUUUCAUAGGGGUGAACAACUUAAACUGCAGUAUCACUUUGAAAAUGGCAUGGUCACCUUUCAAGGCUGGGAAAUGUCAAAUAACCAAAAAGAAAAUUAUUACUUUAUAUUAUAGUCUGUCAGGAAUUGAGUUGUACUAGCAAAGUGUUAUAUCUAAUAAAUAUAUAUAUAGUACA